CAUGACCGUAUUUAUCAAAGAAUCAUACGGUGAGAAGGGUAAAGAAUCUUUAACGAAAAUCUAUGACGACCUACAAAUUAACUUGAAGUGCUGUGGAGCUGGAUUAGGAAUGGAAGAUUGGCGUAACAGUUCCUAUGUAAAACAUCACUAUAAUGAUAGAGUACCAGAAAGUUGUUGUAAGCCGGAUAAAGAUUGUAUAAAAACCGCUGAUGUUGAUGAAAUUUAUACAACCUCUUGCGGGGAGGCUUUAAAGGAAUUGCUGAAAAAGCACGCAGGAAUACUUUCGGGUAUAGUUUUUGGAUUUAUUGGAUUUCAAGUAGCAAUAGUAUUCAUCGCCAUCUACCUACGGUCAAAUAUAGGACAAUUCACCUGUUCGAAGUAUUAA